AUGAUGCACGGCAGCGGCGGCGGCGGCGGCGGCGGCGGUGGCGGUGGAAGAAGGGAGAAUGAAGCUCUUAAUUCUGUAUUUGGAGAUGCUAUUUUUGAUAUCUAUUGGAUUUUCAUGGGAAUUGAAGUCUUAGUGCUUUCCCUUAACCUUCGGAUAGACCUUGGCUCAAUCCCUAAUGUGUCUCAAUGGACCAGUGAUAUCAUUAGCCAAGCCUCCUCCCUCUCUGAUGCCAAGGCCUCCCUCAGCAAAAUUGCCACUGUGGGUUGGUUCAUCUGGAAAUCGAGGAACGAGUUCGUCUUCAAUAAUCUCCCAGUGGAUCCUAUGGCAACACUCCAUCGAAUUGCUCACUCAUGGACUGAAUCGACAGACCUUUUCAGCACUAUCACCCCUCAAGAACAUCGGCCUACUUCUAUGUCCUCCUCCCCUGUCUCAGGCUGGAUACCAGCCAACUUUGGUUCCUUCAAGAUAAAUUGCGAUGCCUCUUUUUGCCAACGGACCUCAAGGGCUGCCAUUGCCGCAGUUGUUCGGGAUUCCAAUGGCCAACUAAUUGAUGGUAAUGCCAAGACUGUUUCGGCCUCUUCAGCCUCCCAAGCUGAGGCUUGCGCUGUCCGCAUGGCUUGCCUUAUGGUUAAGGCACAUAACUUGUCCUUUGUGGAGAUUGAGAGUGACAACCAAAUGGUCAUCAAGCUGUGUGUUUCAGAACAGGUACCUCCCUGGGAGUUGAGUGCCAUUAUUCUGGAUAUUCGCCACUUCGCUUCUGUCUAUCAUCUCUCAUUUUCGUGGACUCACAGAUCCAACAACCGGGUAGCACAUUGGGUGGCCACAUCCCAAGCCUCUCAGGUUCUUCCUGUCUCCUGGGCAGGGUUUCCACCAGAUAGUCUCUUAUCCUUAUUAUCUACUGAUGUAUCUCCUGCUUCUGCAGCCUCUGUUGUUGGUUUAUAA